UCCAGCUAGCCUGGGCAGUACUGACUGACACAGACGAUACAGCAAUAUAAUGGGAGAGAAACUUCUGCAAGUCUCUUUGAGAAGUGCUGGGUGAUUUCAUCAAUGGGGCUUUUAAACAGCCGCAACCUGAGAUGCGGUGAUUCCAGCUUGGCUGAGCCAGCACAGCCAGAAGACAACUCAGGUCCCAGUUACAUCUCCGGCAGUCGAAAGCGCAAAUGGGGCAUUUGGGACUUUGUAGCACCAACCCCUAACAUCCACGGAUCUCAGAACCAGGCAGUCAACCUACAGCAAGUUUUUGGCAUCGUCUACAGGAAAAAACCGAAGCUAUCAUCUAAGUAUGCUUACCAAACUUUAUUUUUGGACGGAAAGGAUAGCGACGUUAGAAUCCGUGCACUUGAAGUAGAAUGGCCUCUACACAAAGUAUUUUUAUGUCAGUCAGGCUUCUUCGCUAAGAUGCUAAAGGAUUCUUGGAAAGAAUCCCACAGUCAUGUUGUCGACCUGGAGAUUAAGAACGAGGAUAUAGAUGUCAGCUCCUUGCACUUUGUGUUUGGGUCAUUGUACAGGGACGAGGACUGGCCAAUAAUACCCCGUCAAGUUCCUCAUGUUUUGGCUGCAGCAUGCCUGCUUCAGGUGGAGCACAUCAUCCGGCAAUGUAAUGAGACCAUGAACAACAGCAUCACUAGGGAAACCGUGUGUUCAUACUACACAGCAGCAGAAACUUAUGGACUGAAAUCUGUAAAGACACGCUGCUUUGACUGGCUUCUCUGCAACUUGAUGACCCACCCAAAUGUUGAACUUUACAAGGAAAUUGAUAUAAAGCUCAUGUAUCUCCUUAUUUCUUCAGCUGAUUUACUAGUUAUGCGAAAAGAAAUGGACAUCUACACCACCCUGAAAGAGUGGAUGUUCCUUUGUCUUAAUCCUUCCUGGAAAGGCCCAGAGAAGCAGAUUUUAACUAAUGCCAACAACUGGCUUUCCAAGCACAUGGAAUGCAUUGAUGACAUCAGUUUUCUUGAAAGUGAAGAAGGACUCGUAUUUCAACCGGUUUUUAAAAAACUGAGGUUUCAACAUAUCAUCUGUGAUCUGAGUGACACAGCUACUCUUGAACGAGAUCGUCUAAUACCUUUAGAAUGGUUGGCACCCAUUUAUAAACAGCAAUGGCUGGCUUUGCUUCAAGAACAAGAACACAGGGAAAUAGGGCCACGAAUCAUUAGUGAAGAACUCGAAGACUGUGGCAUGAGAUGUGGUACAGUGAUUAGCAGAGAUGGUGAUUACUCCUGGAAGUGGUCAGCUUUUAGGUUUAGUUUCCCUAUAAGCAUCACCUUUACCAACCAUUGCAUCAUUUUCAGGCAAAGUCGUCAGCAGCCUGAUGGUUGUUGUUUAAAACAUAUACGAAAUGUAGUGUUCAAAAUAACUUUGGUGUGUUUUGAUUCCAACGGGAAAGUAACAUUCAGUAAAACAACUGGUCAAAAAAUUGUUACCUUCGAACAAAACGAGGAACAAAUUGUAAUGAAGUUAGAUGGCAUAGUUUUAAGCUUCCCUUUAUAUAUAUUCUUCAAUUUCCUGUUUCUAUCAUUAGGAAACAAGGAACAUGUGUGAUCUUGUCAAUUAUUAGACCAUAUGAGCAGCUUCCAAACAUUGAAUGAUUCGUUAACUUGAAGGCUGUGUUAUGAAUGAGUUAAGAUGACCAACAACAAAAUGAAAAUUCUUAGGAGUCUAGCACCACCACAAAUGACUCAGUUCCAUCUUCACUUUAUUUUAAUGCAUUUCUGAAGAAAAAUCCCACAUCUAACAUGGGAUUUGUCAAAGAAAAUCAGAAGAAACUGUUUUUUGGAUUUUUGUUUACCAUCAAUGGUCAAGAUUUAAUGGCAAUAAGAGAUGUAUUUGCAAGGAAAAUCAGCUAAAUCAACUUGUUGAGUAGAUUUGACGACAGCCAAGGUUGAGGCAGAAUUAAAAAAAAAUCUCUCAAUUUCUGAAA